AUGGGAAACAGGUAUCUGCCACCAGUUGCUCUACGUGAUUUAUGUAUGACCGUCUCUACAUCCACCUUUGUUCUGUCAUCUAUACUCCGUUGUGUCAUCUAUACAACUGAUGGGACAAUGUGUAUAGGCGACUACUGUAUGAUGCGUAUAAUGUAUUACUGUAUUUGUAUCCUAGGAGAUAAGACACUGAUCAAAGGUUUUAGCAUAAUCUUACCUCUUGCCUUGCCAUGUCCGACCGCCGCCUCAGAGUGGGCGCUGCCUCAGACGUCUCCUCACCGAGCCCGGCAGUUCUUUGCCUCCCUCGGGCCAGGAUGUGCCGACGCCAAUCCACUGAUUCCCAUGUACUUCAUACACAGCUCUCUCAUUCGCACGAGAUUUGCUGAAAUGAAUACCAGUGACGAAAAUAACAGAGGACCAAAGUACGCCUGUCCACAACACACAGAUGCUUACGGUGAAAAAAUCUCCACCAUCUCCAAUUUGGAUGACUAUAUCGACAUAUACAACAACAUGGACAUCCGUGGAGACGGAGGGGAAGAAGAGCUGAUGAGUGACCAUCGGGUGACAGACGUCGCUCAGAGAAUCAACAAGACUCCUAGCGAGGAUUCUGGCGUAGAAAUGAGUAACGGCGCGCUGAUCCCGAGGAGAGACAUCGGCAGGUCUCUUGGAGAAAGAAAACGAAGUGGCAUUUUGAUCAGAGAAAAUGGAAGCACGAUUGAAGGGGUAACUUGGGCAGAUGACGAAAUGAACUUCAGAAUAAAUAAUGAAGAGUACGAAUUACGCAGAGAAAGGGAAGAAAGACUUUGUAUUGGACCAAAACAUCAGAAAAUUCUUCAGAAACGAUUUUCUGAGAGACUUUUACCAAACAGAGAAGAAUUAGCUGAUCAUAUUCAGCCUCAGCGGCGCCACAGUCAUACUGGCGAAAUCAACGGUGCUGCUUGCGUUAAAGCCUUGCCCAAACCUACCCAUAUCCCCUCCCACCACGCCCACCAGCAGAGGUCCACCCAUACGCACGCCCACGCCCGUAAGCAGUACGUGCCGUACGAUAGUCCCACCGCGAGGAAGCGUGAGGAGUACGACCUCCUCCCCACCACGAGAGUGAGGGAGGACUACAGCGCCCCCCAAGCACGGCUGCGGGAGGACUAUGACCCCCCGCCCAGGGGAAGGGACGAGUACGACCCUCCCCCGUCGAGAGGCAGGGGCGAGUACGAGUCCCCGUCUGGUAGGGUAAUGGAGGAGUACGACCCUCCUGCUAGGGUGAGAGACACAAGAGAGGAUUACGACCCUCCACCGCCCAUAGUGAGGGAAGACUUCGAUUCGCCGGUGAGGAUGAGGGACGAGUACGACCCUCCGACAAGGCCAAGGGAGGAGUACGACCCUCCCGCGAGAGUUAGAGAGGAUUAUGAGCCUACCGCUAGAGGGAGGGAGGAUUACGAGUCUCCAAGUAGAGUAAGGGAGGAGUACGAUCCUCCAGCUAGGGUGCGAGAGGAGUACGACCCUCCAGCUAGGGUGCGAGAGGAGUACGACCCUCCAGCUAGGGUGCGAGAGGAGUACGAUCCUCCAGCUAGGGUAAGGGAAGAGUUCGAGCCUGCAGCCAGGGUGAGAGAGGAGUAUGAAUCCCCGGGAAGGGGAAGGGAAGAGUACGACCCUCUCCUUUCCUCGGGGAGAAUGAGGGAAGGCUAUGAGCUACGGGAGAGCUACAAUCAGCCGCCUGCGAGCCACAGUCGUGACGACUACGACCCUGCAGAGGAUGCGUUCGACCCCGGUAGCCUGAGCAACUCCAGGGAUGAGUACAGCCCGACCCGCGCCAGGGAGGUGUUCGAGGGGUCGCCGUCCAGGACGCACCUCAGCGUGGAACAUCGCCCGGUUGUUAUAUGA